UUUCAAAACACACAUAAAAAAUGGUAACAUCUUCUACUAUACAUGGAGCCUGGGCUGUUGUAUUGACCAGUACAAAUAACUAUGUCAAAGGAGUUCUGGCACUAAAGCACGCGUUGCAUGAUUUACACCAUAGUGAAUACCCUCUCCUUGUGCUUUAUACUUCGGCAGUGGUCCCUAGCGUGAUUGAAACUCUAAAAAAACUUGGUUGCAUUGUAAAAGAAAUUAAGCCUAUUACUCCAAAAGGAAAAGUGAAUUAUAAAUUCGAAAGGUUUGUUGAUACAUGGACAAAGCUAUCGGUUUGGAAUCAAUCAGGCUAUGAUCGGCUAGUCUUGCUUGAUGCCGACAUGCUGCCACUUCAGAAUAUGGACGAACUCAUGAGAUUAGAACUACCCGACAAGAAUUGGGUGGCUGCUUCCCAUGCAUGUAUCUGCAACCCUCAGAAGAUUGACCACUAUCCCGUGCAUUGGAUACCUCAAAACUGCGCCUACACUGGCGAAACCUGCGUUUCUCCUGUUCCUCUGAACAAAAAUUCAAGUUAUUUCAAUAGCGGCCUUAUCGUACUAACUCCCGAUGAAAGUAAAUUCAGCGCAAUGAUCGAUUAUCUGGACAGCAUCUCGGACCUUAAUAUUUAUCCUUUUCCCGACCAAGAUUUCUUAAAUGAAAUUUUUAAUAAGCAAUGGAAGCCGAUAUCGUUUAUUUAUAAUGCACUCAAGACUCUCCAGUGGGCCCAUGAACCAAUGUGGAAUCUCGAAAAAGUCAAGAACAUUCACUACAUUCUCAAUAAGCCUUGGGAUACCGAUGUAAAUCGAACACUAUCCGAUUUAGAAGAAACUUACAAACCGUUGUACAAACUUUGGUGGAACAGUUACAACCAGAUUUCUACCACAUUGUCAGUGGAUGAUGUGAUUUUGUCAAACUCUAAAAGGCAUUAAAGUUACUUAAACCUU